AGCCCUGCGUGCAUCUGACGAAUCAUUCUCGCACAGACACCGGAGAGCUCGCAGGUCCCGAAUGGCAACAGAGUCGGCGAGAGACAGAUAGGGAAUCCCCGCACCGAUACCGACCCGGUUCAUGAACCAUGGCGCGUUCAACGAUCGCUUCUGUCAGGGUGGUACGGAUGCGCGUUUGACUCGCUGUAUUAAAGACUCUAAUAAAAGACUUUUCCUUGAGGAUUUCAUUGCUUGCUGUAAAGUGGACGCGAUUGAGUGUUGGGUUUUUUUCCACUGAUGAGGCAGCCACCGAGUGAGUUGGAUAACAUGGCACUGAGCGGAACGCUUUUGCCCUCUAUAUCCACGUUUGCGAGCGGCGCUGAUGUCAAGCACAAGGCCAUGAUGGGACCUGGAACUGCCAGUUUAGUGAGUAUCAAACAGAGAUGGAAUGAGGAGAUGUCUCAAUUAAAACGCACCUGCAUGCUUUCUGGUGGGAACGGGACUGACCAGGACGUCUCCAGAAUCAUGGCUAAGAUGGAACCGGAGGAGUUGGAUCUGUUGGACUAUGACUUCAUUUUGUCAAACAGUAUGCUGCAGCAGCAGCAACUACAACAACAACAGCAGCAGCAGCAGGAGGCCUCCAUGGCCAGCACCUCCAGAACUCAUCCACCUUCCCCCAUGUCCUCCUUCACCUAUCAGAUGCCCUCUCCUCAGGGCCAAGAUACCAACAUGCUGUACAACAUCCCAGACAUCAGCGACGUUUCCCCCUCCGGAGGAUUUGUGGCCGAACUGAUGAGGGCGGAACUGGACCCCGCGUAUCUUCAGCCGACGAGCCUUCACGGCAAGUUUGUGGUAAAAACCACCAUGGACGCGACAGACUUUAACCAAGGGGUUAGCACUGAUAAGGACAUUUCUUCAAUGGCAAGGAUUCCUAUAAAGCAAGAGCCUUACGAUGGGAUUCCCUGUUCCCGGCCGAUGGACAUCCACCUGGGGGCGAACUCACGGCCUGGAUCAAAUCCAAGACCCCUGGUGGAUUUUUCCACAGGGCGAGGGGCAAUGGGGCCCAGCCGCUCUUCCAGUUCAUCUCUCUCUCCAGAUGAACAUCCUCAAGCUCAGGUGUUGGGACCUCCUCCGCUGCCCGGGGCUCAGAGAUUUCCGGGUUAUUCAGGUUUUCCGCAGGCUCCUACGCAGGCUUCACUGCAAUACCAAGAGCUUAUUUCUCCAGCCGAGUGUUUGCCUGAAGAAUCCAAGCCCAAGCGUGGUCGUCGCUCUUGGCCGAGGAAGAGGAUAGCUACGCACAUGUGCGACUAUGCAGGCUGUGGUAAAACGUACACCAAGAGUUCCCAUCUCAAAGCCCAUCACAGAACCCACACAGGAGAGAAGCCGUAUCACUGUGACUGGGAGGGAUGUGGCUGGAAAUUCGCCCGUUCGGAUGAGCUCACGAGGCAUUACAGGAAGCAUACGGGCCACCGACCAUUUCAGUGUCAAAAAUGCGACAGAGCUUUCUCCAGGUCGGACCAUCUCGCGCUGCACAUGAAACGCCAUCUAUAACCCAGACUGGAAGACCUACGAGUUAUGGACUAGUGAACCACGUGUUGCUUUUGAACAAAAAAACUAGAGAACUUCAUGACAACCUGUUGUUCAUGUCCACAGCAUCAGGGUUUCAGACUUUACCGGGUUGGGUUUUUUUUUCCUUUUUUGCCAUUGUCGUCUUCCAACACGCUGGUAAAUCAAGAGGCCUUGUCCAUAUCCUGCACACUGGGACGUUACUGGAAUGUGCAUCUACUUACCGACAAAACUUGGACAUGCCAAGUGCCAAACAUAAUACUGGAAAUAUAUGAAUAUCAGGGAUAUGUGAAAACAUUAUAUAUAUGUAUUAAAGAGGCCUUUAAUUGAGCUGCAAAUCCAUCACAUCUCUCAAACACUGAUCUGCCAUAAAAAAGAUUUCUUUAUUGUUCUCUUUCAAGCCAUUAAUUUCAGGUACUGAGUAAUUUAUGUGUGUUACAAGAUGGUGCUGAGUGUUUUCAGUGAGGUACCAAAGACAAAAGUGGAUUUGAUGAAAGUCGUAUGUAUUCUCAAACCGUCACGCAGAACCGAGGUGAACUCACGGCCUCUUGGUGAUGGCAAUCUAAACUGCACUGUGGUUGGUAAGGUGCAAUAAUUUUCAUAUUUUUAUAUACGAUUACAAAUCAAAAUAACUCUGAACAAAGGUUUUGUUUAUAGUCAGAUUAAUGUAAUAUAAUCUUAAAUUUUGUACAUUUGUAAAUACUUUUGCAUUAAGGUUUUUGUAUUUUAUGUAUGAAUACAAUUCAGUAUAAACAUCAUCAAAUAAAUUGUAUCUGAGAUUGUUUUCAAUGAAUAACACAUGUGGAAUUUCAUUAAUUGUUUAUCCGUUUUGCAUGAGAGUUUUACAACAUGUCCAAACAUUUGCAUGCAUUAAGGUGGCAUUCAAACACCAUCAGGUUUUUCUACCUUUCACAUGUGACACAUUCUGUUAAACAUCAGGUGGUGAUUAAAGGCUGAAUGCUUUAUUUAUUCCUCUUAUAUAUAUAUUGGUUUCAGUAUGAUUUUUACCUUGAUUAAAUACGUAAAAAGUGUGACCUUCCUAAA